UAGCCCGAGCACUUUACCUACUGCCCAGCAACACUGUCUCUACACCCAUAACCCACAAAAUCAUCAACAAUAGUAUCCAAAAUGACCACCUUUUCAACCUCCCCCUUCCACCUCCGCCCCGCCAAACCCACUCCCACCGACCACGCCUUCAUCCUGUCCGCCUUCGACUCCUCCCUCCCCUUCCUGGCCUCCAUCGGCAGUCUCGACCAAUGGGGCAAGACCCCUUUCUCCCAGCGAGGGGACUUCGCCGAAGCAACCCUAAAAGAACUGAAUUACUCCGAAGAGUUCCGCCUCACAGGGACUAGCGGCCUGGAUAGUAAUCUCCGUAUGUUCAUCGCCGAGCGAGAAUUAUACCAGCAGCAGCAGCACGAUGAUGGACAGCUUCAAGCUGAGUUCGUACGAGUGACACCCGACGGACGACGCUUCUUACCCGUUGGAGUUGCGUACGUGCGCGAAAACUGGGUGCCGAAUUAUGUGAAGACGCAGACUCAUCUUCCGAUACCGGAUGUUAACCAUGGUGGUGGAGGAUUUCUUUACCUCGAGGUUAUGGUGACGGAUAAUCGGGAGGAUCGGAGGGAGCUGUCUCGCGGGGCCGGAGCGGCGCUUAUCAGGGGGAUUCGGGAGUAUGGAGAGGCCAGAGGGAUGAGGGCGUUGUGGGUGGAUGGGUGGGCGGGGAAUGAGAGGAAAUUGAUCAGGUACUAUGAGCAGCAAGGGUUCCGGGCUGUCGGUGAGUGGAGUCAUAUGAGGACGAACAAUGUGCCGUGGCUGGGAACGUUGAUGUGCAUGGAGAUCUAG